CUAAAUUUUCUGAACCUUAAACUAAAGAUUUUUAAAUCUGAAUUUUGUGAAAUAAUAUGUGCUAUAUAAAUCAAAAAUAAAUAUCGUGCUAGUUUAGGUACCUAAAGUAAAAUCCUACCCAAAACAUACAUUAAACGAUUUAUUGUCUAAAGAUAAAAGUGAAUGGAAGACUUCAAAUGAAACUUCAAGGAGUUGAAGGCACCACCAAAACGCAAUAGAAUAGAAGGGAGAAAAAUGAUGAACAUGAAUCCGCCGACGCACCCGCAUCCCCAUCCCCAUCUCCUGCCGCAUCUUGGCCCGCACCAGCAACUGCCCGCCCUGCUCCAAGGCCACCCCACUACCACCCAUUUUGUCGAGUGCCGGGCAUUACCGGCAAUAAACGAGACAUUUCCGCAAUUUGGCCAGCAUCGCCCGGCUAUCUCGCUGCUCUCCCCUCUUGACCUUUCGCUGCGGGCCGCGGCCAGUGUAGUGCCAAUUACUCCACCCUCGACGCCCUCGCCGCCCCGCAAGCGCCAGAGAUUAAUGUCCGAGGAGAAUUACCUGUGGCGUCCCCACAUGGCGAGUCUUGCAGCUCCAGUUAAUGUUCCUUCGACCCUGGCAAUGCAGCCAGGCAGUAGUUUCUUCCAUCAUCACCAACAGCAACAACACCAGCAACAACACCAGCAACAUCAUCAGCAAUAUACCAUUCGGAACAGCUUUGACGGCGCUUCCUUUAAUAAAAGUCAUUUUCACGGGACGAAGAAUAACUUUGAGCAAAUUCCGGCGGGUCAAUCGAGCGUUAGCUCGCCCAUCUACGUGGAGGAUGAGACCAUUGUGCUGACCGAGGACGAGGAUGAAACAGUUGUCAGUUCCCAUGACUACAAUGAGUACGCCACGGACACGGAGGAAGUCAACGAGGGCGACGAUGAGACACUGCAGGUCCAAGUCAGCGAUAAUGGCGAUGAGGAUGAGGAGGAGGUGUUCGUGGACGUCUUGGGCAGUGACGAUGAUGAGGAUGAGGCGGUGGACCCGGCCACAAGAUUGCAGGCCCAACUCCAGGAGACCACGGCUCUGAAACGCAACGAACUGCUGUACGAGGAUGAGAAGCUGCAUAACCAGGCCGUAGAUGGUCUGGCCAGACUUUUCGAUCGGGAUUUUCCGGAGCCAGAGGUGGAGGUUAGCGAACUGGCGGAAGUCCAGAGCAGCAGCGGGAAAACCUACACGGAUCUAAGUGGCGGCGUGGCAACAGUGGAGAUUAGGAAUACUACUUCCCCCGGUCUGCACCCACUUCCUCCUCCUGCUCCAGCUCCUGCUCCUCCCCUGCCACCCACGCGACCUCACAAGGCGGAACGUAAGAGGUCGAAGCUACGGAAACACAUGGCCAUCGAUGAGGAAACCAUAAGCCCCGUCUCCGGCACCAUCAUCCGCAAAUUGCGCGACGACGAGGAGCUGGUGGUGCGCAAAGGCGACAUUGAUCCGGCUUUCAAUGUGGUCGAAAUCACCGAGGAGGCCAAGGCCAUCCUGGCCAGCAUCGACAACAAGAUUGGCGACUAUCUGUGCCAGCUUUGUCGCACCGUCUACGACGACGCCUUCAUGCUGGCCCAGCACCGCUGUCCCCGCAUUGUCCACAUCGAGUACAAGUGCUCCGAGUGCGAGAAGGUCUUUAAUUGCCCGGCCAACUUGGCCUCCCAUCGCCGGUGGCACAAACCCAAAGCGGAUGCUCCCGGCGGAACAGCUAAUCCCAGCAAGAAGCGACAUGUCGAGACGGGCGACCUCAAUCAGGAGUCGGGACGAGGUGGCGAUGACGCCAGCGAUGGCAUAUACCCUUGCCACAUAUGCGGAAAAACAUUCAGACGACAAGCGUACUUGAAGAAACACCAGGCCUCCCAUCAGAUGCUGGAUAAUCUGAAGAACCUCGAUUUUUUCAAGGCACAGCAGCAGCAGUUGGCCAUUAGUGGCCACCAGUUGCCUGAUCAUGUCCAGCUGCAGCAGACGGCAGGAGGACAGGCGGUCUCUGCCGCCGCUCCCUACUCCUCCCUGCCACGCCCACCGCAGGGAAUGCCCCACUACCCGCCCCCAAAUGGUAAGAACUAUGCGGCUGGUCAGCGCUUUCCCGGAUUUCCCUUCCAGCCCUUCGACCAGCGGCGCUUCUAUUCGUUCGGGGAGUUCUACCUAUCGCAGCACCUGGAGCGCUCCUCGGCCUUCCAGUAUGUGCAGGCCAAUCACCUGAGGCAGCUGUCGAAUGUGGCACAAACGCUGAUGCCGCCACUGCCCGUCAAAUGA